CUUUAUUUGCCGACAACGUCGUUGAACUAGGCCUACUGUCGUCAUGUCUGUGUUGUACCUGUGCUACAGGAGUUAAGACUGGUUAUUUGUUGUGUAACGAGUACUAGAGCUGCCAAGGGGCUCACGAGAGCGAUACACAAUGGCGGAGGGAGGAGAGUCAGAGAGUGGAAUGUCCUCAGAGAUGAUCGCCACUACUGUAAACGCGCGAUCUUUAGAAUGUCCCAUAUGUCUCGACAAACUACGGGGUCCAAAGUCCUUACCUUGCCUUCACUCCUUUUGUGAGGAAUGUCUAGCGGCCUACAUCAACAAGGAAACCGAGGACAAGUCUAUAAAUGUCUUUCCCUGUCCGAUCUGUAGAACAGCCAUAUCACCUGUAGAUCCUACUGAGGCGGCCGAUGUUUGGGCCGGUCAGUUCCCUACCAACAGCCUGAUCAUGGAGCUGUCGGAAACGAAAAAGGAACAUUCUUGCCAACCUUGUAAAAAUAAAGGAAACUCUAAAUCACGCGCUGAAUUUUGGUGCAAUGAGAUGACUACAUUUUUCUGUUCGGACUGCAAAACAAGUCUCCACGAUAUCAUACAUGUCAAAUGUGACAUCAUGACCGUUUCAAAUAUGAAGGAGUAUACCGCAACAAAAUAUCCCAGAUGCCAAAAACACCAGAAGAAGACCGAUCUUUACUGUGAGGACCACAACACACUUGCUUGUAGUAAGUGUAUAGUGAUAGACCACAGAAAAUGCGAUAUAGUUCUUACAGCAGCAGACUACUGUGAUAAACUGAAUGACGGGUCAAAGUUCGGAGAACUGAAAACAUGUGUGUCAGAAGGAAUUAGCAAAUUACAGACCUGGAUAAAAGAUACCAAAAAACAUGUGGAAACCAUUACCACCGAUAGGGACCAGAUACUCUCCGACCUGGCGGAUCUCCGUCAGAAAGUCAUUGCAAAGUUUGACGAGAUACAAGGUGAUUUGAUUAAAGACUUAACUGAAGUUUACAACGAACAGAAAACCAAAGCGGAGAAACUUAGUCAGAGGUGUGAAAGUAUGAAAAUGUCUAUGACAACUACCCAACAAUUGGCAGAAACAACAUCUCGGUCAGCAGAUCCAACACGCAAAAUAACGGUUUACCUACGAGGUAAAGCUGAGGUAGAAUCGUGUGGAUCUCUUUUACAAGAUGUCGAAACAUCUUACGAACCCAUUAGCAUCAAAUACGAGUCGACGGAUGUUAAAGAUUUAAAGUUCGAUAUAGGAAACAUUGUUGUCGUACAAGUCACGCUGGGUCAAUUCGGCAAUGCAACAUGAAACCAUUUUCGGAAAGAAGU